UGCUGAACUUUGGACAUGCCAAACAUCUCUUCUGACAUCUUCAUUUUGCUCCCCAUCACCCUUAACCAAUACCAUGCAUUUCUGGGAUUCAAAUACACAGCACAGCAGAAGAGUCUGGAGGGAUACGUGGGCUUUGCAAGCCUCCCCAACCAAGUGUACAGAAAGUCUGUGAAGCGGGGCUUUGAGUUCACCCUGAUGGUUGUGGGAGAGUCAGGGUUGGGAAAGUCCACGCUGAUAAACUCUCUGUUCCUGACGAAUCUGUACUCUGGAGAAUAUCCUGGACCUUCGCAUAGAAUCAAGAAAACAGUUCAGGUGGAGCAGUCCAAAGUGUUGAUGAAGGAGGGAGGUGUCCAGCUUCUGCUCACGAUAGUGGACACUCCAGGAUUUGGAGACGCUGUGGACAACAGCAACUGCUGGCAGCCGGUCAUUGAUCACAUCGACAGUAAGUUUGAGGAUUAUCUGAACUCCGAGUCACGUGUGAACAGACGGCAGAUGCCGGACAGCAGAGUGCUCUGCUGUCUGUAUUUCAUUGCACCCUCAGGACAUGGACUGAAACCUUUGGACAUCGAGUUUAUGAAACGGUUGCAUGAGAAGGUCAACAUCAUCCCACUGAUUGCCAAAGCAGAUACCCUGACACCCGAAGAGUGCCAACAGUUCAAGAAACAGGUCAGCCUGCUGCAGCCUCCAGCUCUCGUGUUUGAGAAUGGAGACCACUGUGAUUUCACACUCUUAAGGAAUAUGCUUAUCAGAACCCACAUGCAGGACCUCAAGGACGUCACAAAUAAUGUCCAUUAUGAGAACUACAGAAGCAGGAAGCUUGCGGCUGUUACCUGUAAUGGAAUCGACAACAACAAAACCAAAGGCCAGCUCACCAAAGUUGACACGGUUGAAGGCAUGAGUCCUCUCGCCCAGAUGGAGGAGGAGAGAAGGGAGCAUGUGACCAAAAUGAAGAAGAUGGAGAUGGAGAUGGAGCAGGUGUUUGAGAUGAAAGUCAAGGAGAAGAUCCAGAAACUGAAAGAUUCAGAGGCAGAGCUGCAGCGGCGUCAUGAGCAGAUGAAGAAGAACCUGGAGGCUCAGCAUAAGGAGCUAGAGGAGAGACGACGUCAGUUGGAGGACGAGCGAUCCACCUGGGAGACCCAACAGCGUAUCCUGGAGCAGCAGAAAAUGACUUUGGAAAAGAAUAAGAAGAAAGGGAAGAUCUUUUAAAAUCAUUAACGAUGACCAGGUUGUUCUCAUUCGCCAAUCCCCCCCGACCUUGAUAUCUGUGUAGCCUUCAGACUCCGAGCUGUCCUCGCAGUCUGACGGAGGCGUUCAAGCUGAUCAUGGACUUCCGCUAAAGCAUUUACCUUUGUGAAACUCAGUCUUAGGCAAGCCAAACCCAUACCGAUAAUAACGAAAUAUAUACUGAAUUCACUUACCAGCUGAUGUCUACAGUCAUACUCCAAACAAAAUG